AUGGCCCUCUAUGGCCUCUCGAUCUUCCUUGAGACACCCCUCCAACAGCGCAAAGGCCGCCGUCGAUACAUCAUCAUCAGCUUCAUCCUCACGUUCCUCGCAGCACUCAGCAACUCCCUCGACGUCGCGGCAUACUUCCACGUCCUCUGGGACACCACCUCCCCCAUGGAGUUCGUCAAGCUGAUGGCGCUUUCGCAGAGGGAAAGCGAGUGGAUGCAUUUGGCUAGUAUUGUGGCAAUUGCGGGACAGCUAUUGAUCGGAGACGCUCUUUUGGUCUACCGAUGCUACGUGUUUUUCGUGGGGUACAGGUGGAUAGCUAUCCUCCCGGGGCUAACAACGAUUGCAGGAGUCGUUCUUUUCCUGAUCGGAAGCAACAUUGGAGGCGAAGGUCCACGGCAAAUUGCUGCAGCCGCGAAGGCUUUAACAGUCACCACCAACCUCAUCGUCACGAUCCUCAUCACCUUCCGUAUUCUCCGCACCCGCCGUAUGAUCGCACGCCUCCUCCCCAACAUCGACACGAGAGUCUACACAGGUGUCAUGGCCAUCCUCAUCGAGUCCGCUCUUCCGCUUAGUGUGUUUGGAAUCUUGGCUGCCAUCAUGAGGGGGCUGUUCCAAGUCAAGUGCGAUCGCCUGACGGAGGCCCAUGUGAUUAGCUAUACGCUCUUUACGGGGCUGUUUUAUUCGUUCUGUAGUCACAACCGGGCGCUCAUUCAUCAAGUUCCCAACCGCGACUGA